AUGGAUAUACACAAGUGGCAUCAGAUGACUGUAAAAAUUGCACUGGCUUUAGCAAUUAUCAAGUCUAAACCAGAAGGUAAAAAUGUUAGAGAAUAUACAGAAGAAUUGUCAAGACUUGUUUUAAGUCAUGACAGCAACUUGAAGGCAAGAGUUCGUGAACUAGAAUCUGAAGUACUCCGUUUGCGACAACAGCUUAUUUUACAAGACAUAUGUGGAAGAUCGGAUUUGGAUAAGGGAGAUGGAGGGUACUCAUGUACAGAAUGGCUGUUGACUCCCUAUAACAACCCACAGACCAGAAGUCAAGUACGUUUCAAUGAAGCUCACCGAUCUACCAGGGGGAUUAUUGAGAGGACUUUCGGUCUUUUGAAAAUGCGGUUUCGAUGUCUUGAUCGUUCUGGUGGUGCUAUGCAGUAUGCACCAGAGAAAGUUGCAAAAAUUAUAUUGGUUUGCUGCAUACUGCACAAUAUAGCAAUUAAAGUCUCUGUAAGGAGUUGUGUCCUUUCAUACCUGAUAAGCUGUCUUUAUACCAGCAGAGUUGGCAGUUCAGUACCAGUAAGUGAUAAAGCUGAUGAGCCCAGUUCACAAAGUGUUAAUCCCCCAGUUUUGCAGGCUACUGAAGGAACACCUGUGGCUAAUGAUUCCCCAGCUGCCCUUGCAGCAUUUUCAGAGAGUGAAGAAGAUGUUGAAAUUUCUGAUUGUCAGAGUUCUCUACCUGCAGCUCAAAAUAUGACUGCAAGUUAUUCUCUGCAGAGUAUUAAAGUGAAGAAAGUUAAUGAUGUGCCAAUAAAGAAAUUUAUAUACAGAGCCGUGCUCUGCAACUUGACUUACCCCCUCCUGUGUCGUCUGUCUGCCCGCCGUAUUCUUCUCCGACGUCCAGGAUCUGGUGAAGCAGUUCACUCCCUGAGGUGGCCACCUAAACUUCCUCCUGCCUCCCAAUCCAGUAAAAGACUCAGGCUUCGUCUCCCCUCACGCAGCACCGGUGGGAGGGGAGAGAAAGAAGCAGUAUGCAGGAGCGUGAAAAGCAAAAUCACACCGCCGGCUCCAAAGCAGAGUAAAUCCCGUCUACCUCCCACGCAGCACCGGUGGGGGAGGGAUGAGGCGGGCACUCGUCGGCCGGUUACCUCAGGUGUUAAGUCAGAUGUGCAGAAAUCAACGGAGGGUUAUGAUUCAAUGAACCAUAUAGAAGAUGAUUCAGGGUGUGAUAUGUCCAAUAACGAUAGAAUAAAGUCUGAUUCACUGAGUUUUCAACAAUGUGAAUGGACUGAAGCAAACCUUUCAGAUACUGCUUCUGCUUCAGAAAACAUCCAAAUAAUAAAACAUCAACCUAGCGUUGCAGAACAUUUUUCUUGUCAUAUUCAGUUUCUUAAUCAUUUGCUUGGACUAAGAAAGCUCACAACAACACAAACACCUCUACCAGAUUUUAGCAAAUAUGAAAAAGAUAGCUGUGUAGUAUCUGAUUCAGUAUCUGGACUUUUAAAUGGCUUGAUUAGUUUAUAUAGGAAUCCUCAAUUAUCUAUUUCAAGGUUUCAAACUGAAGCAGUCAUUACUGUUGCUAGCUUACUAACGGAAUGCUGUUUACCCAAGUAUGUUCUAGACAACUGCCAAAAGAUUGUAAAGGAUUUUACAGAAAAGAUCAUUCACUCUAUAGUGUCAAGUUGUCAUCUUAAUCGGUUUCAGAUGCAGCAGUCCAUGGAAAACUGUCUUAUUUUACUGGGAAACUGUCCGCUUAUCAGAGAUCAUUUGAUUAAUCUACUCUUUCUCAGAGUAAAGUGUUUCGUUGAAGAGCUGCUUCUUCAUCAAAAGAACCAGACCAAAUAUGACAUUACACAAUAUGAAAAUAUGUUUUCAAUUUGCUCUGUACUGGAAAGGCUUCUUCAAAAUAGAAAAGAUAAAGAAAACACUUCAGAUUCUGAACUCCUUGGUGAUGAGAUUAAAAUGUUUAUUUGCAACCUUGAUCAAUCUAUCCUGUGUAUAUGUGAUGACUUUCCCUUAUUUUGUAUAUACUUGUGGAAACUGGGAACAUUAUUUUCAUGCAAAUAA